UGCGCCCGGAAAUGCUGAUUCCACGUUUGUGUAAUCACGGCUGGCUCUGCACGGCUGCAGCCCAGGUAUGAGGCGCAGCUGGUUUGUGUCAGAGUCAAGGGUGGAGACAGGCUGUUUGCCCAGCUGGUUGAGGUGGCUCAGGCUCAGCUCAGACCUCACCUGUUUCUGAAUGGAGGAGGAGGCCGUCCAGCUGCUGAAAAGCAGACUCUCCGUGGGCCCGCAGCCUUCAGAGUCACAGCCCUUCCCCAGCAGAACCUCAUCAGCUCAGAGUCCAGAAUCUGUGCAACCACCUGGGAACAGUCAGAAUAUCAGAAGGAAGCCGGAGGAGAAAUCUGGAAGCUCUGGCCAUGGAGACGUGCCCAGGUGUGGGCGUGGAGGCUCCUGCUCCGCUUCUGAGAGGGCUGCCAGCCAGGAUCCGUGCACCGUGUGCCCAGAGGUGACUGAGCCAAGGAAGUGCCCCCAGGAAGCCAGGGGUCCAGAAAGCUCUCCACUGCCCAGCCCUCCCUCCCCCUGGGAGCAGGAGUGCCACUCAGCCACCAUGCCCUUUGCUGAGGGCUCCCCAGAAGGGUGCUUGGAAAGCCUGGCAGAAGCACCUGAAGGUUGGCCCCUCGUUCAACAUUCCAGGAGGGAACCUUCCCCCAAAGCCCCAGGGGUGGCCCUGGCAGCCUUUGUCCCUGAGGAGGACAGCUCUGCUUGGGGCAGUGUGGCCACCAUCGUGCCUAGUGCCGGAAGAGAGGGAGGCGUGAAGGAAGAGGUUGAUAAAGCGGCUUCCUCCAGUCACCUUGAACAGCAGCCAGGAAGGCCACCAGCACCUCUGAAAGAGCAGCCAUGUGCGGAGGUCAGCCAGCCAGGUGGUUUCGGGUCACCAGGGAAGGAGGCUGCAGGUGGCUUUCCCCCCACAGAGUCUGGGCAGGGGGUGGUCCCCAAGGCCCCUGCUGCAGCCCACCCAGGCAAGGAGAGCUCAGCUGGCCUGGAGGAGUCCCCCACAAAAACUGAGACCCCAAUCCUGCAAGAUCCAGCCCCAAGAGCCUCAGACAGAGAAAAAUGCCAAGUGGAGGUGAUGCCUGAAGACUUGGCUGAUGACUCGGUUUUCCUCAAGCCCUGCGGUUCUACUAGGAAAAAUUCAGGGGCUUCCCAAGAAGAGGACAUAAAUGCUGCAUCCCAGGAAAUCUGCCAGCAGCAAAUGGGAGCACAUCUACCCUGCACAGAGCUGCCCUGGGGGUCACUGCGUCCUGCCCUGGCGCCAGGGGCUGGAGGCUCUAGGAAGGAGACUCUGGAUGCCAGUGAUGCUCAGCAUUCCUCGCAGACAAGAGGGUGGGGAGCCCAGCCCGGUAAUGCUGUCUGCGCACCACCAGGUGACCAGCCCGAAGGGGUUCUGCUCAUGAGUGCUGAGCAGUCCCCGCAUGUACCGGCAGAGGAAGUGCGUCCAGCUCCAAACCUCAGUCCACAGCCGGCCACUUGGGCCUCUGCGGCUGCAGCAAAUCCCAGCUGGCUGGCCAGGGAGAUGGUUCACGGGGCUGAGAUACCAGUUCUUAGAGUUCCGGCUGAAGAGCUGGCAGGUGCUGAGUUGGGGGGACAGGAGAAGUGUGCAUCAGAUCUUGGAAGAGCGGGAGUGCAUCCAGAAGGGAUCCCCAGAGAGGUUCCUCCCCCUUUGCCCCAGGAGGAGAGGGGAGAGCUCUCCAUUAAGGAGCAAGGCCACGAAGUCCAACAAGGGGUGCUGCCCCCUCCUCUCCCCAGUACAUCAGAUGAAAGUGCCCUGGGACCAGAGCGUGAAGCCAAGGCCCCCCAAAGCCCAGCUGUGGUCAAUGAGGAAAGUGGACUACCAGAGGCCAGCCCUAGAGGACAGGAAGAAGCCCCAGAGCUGCCCAGUGCGAAUCCUGAAAACCCACAGGGAGAGCAACCCCAGGCCCUUGGCUGUAGGCCUGACCCAGAGGUGGAGAAAGAUGAGAUUUCAAAGCUGAACGGCACUGUGGAGAGCCAAGUCCUUCCCAGCACAGACUCAGCACAGCCACUCCGUGAGGAGGGCCCCCAGCCCACAGGCAGGCCGGGCUCUGUAUCAGAAGGUGCAGCUCGGAGCUCAGUGGCCCAUGCAUCUGACUCACUGCCCAAGCUCCAUGAGAACGGUCGCAUCCUGAUCCCGGGGCCGGACGGAGCUGGUGAGCAUGUUCUUCCCGAGGGAGCUGGCUGGGAGGGGCCCAGAUUGCAGACCAAAUGUCCCCACACCCUCCAGGACCUGGGGGGAUUGGGAAUAAUGGACUCUCUUCCUGCCUUGGAAUCUGAGAAAUCAAAUUUCCUGUCAACUCCUGCUGCAGAGGUUGUCCCUAAAGCCCAGGAGGUGGAGCGCAGAUCUGAAAUAAAGGCCAUGAGCCACCCAUCUGCGCGGACACCUGACAACUGUGAGGAGGCGGGCUUGCCGACAUCCCCAGACUGGUCUUGUGGGCUGGGCCAUGAUGCAGCUGGACAGGAAGCCCGGGCUGAUGGGCCACAGCCCCCUGAGGGGGAGGACUUGGCAAUGGACAGCGGGCUCACGUCGCUCAGUCUGGAGCACAGUCAGCAAGGAAUCCCGUCCUUCCCAGGGGAUAGCUGCAUACGAGUAGCUGCACCUGAGAGGCCCUCAGUACCUUCUGAGAAUCAUCUCCAGCCAUCCCAGUCAGACCCAGAUGCAUCCAUCUUUGAUAUGCUCAGGGAGAAGACCCGAGUGUGUAAAAAUGGGGAAGAGACUUAUCCAGGUGAUCCAGGUUUGAAGAAGCUGGGCACAGAUUCUUCCCAAAUCCACGUACCUGUGACACCUCAGGAGGAUGCGUGCUUGCCCACUUGUGGAGAAAAGGAGCAGGCUUCCAGAUCGGAGCUACAGAGGGAGCACCCCAAAGACAGUCUGUCUGAUGCUACACGAUCGGCUGCCAGGGACUCAGUUCUGGAGAGCCCUGCGACAGAGCAGUCGGAGUUGUCAGCACCAGUAAGCCCAGAGCUGCCUGCCCUAGGGGAGAAUGGGCAAGAGGGAGCACGCAGUGACCGCCGGCCGUCCGGGGUGGGGCCUCCUGCGGCAGACACCUCCGAAGAGUCCUCUCUUGCAGGUAACUUGAACAGAAAGGAAAAUUGCUGUGCUGGGCAAGGGCCAAGCAAGUCCCGACAAGAGCUGGUGGAUACGCUGGAAGUCAGCAGCCAGCAUGAAGAAGCAUGUCUCGGUGAUGUAGGAGCUUCUGAAGCCGCUGACACUCGGCGCCUGCUCGAGGGCUUGAGUAAAACAGAGAAGACAAGUGCGAACACAGUGGGGACUCCGCCUCGGCAGCCUGAGCCCGUGGCUCUCCUGGAUGCAGCUCACUGCCCGCCAGUUCCAGCACCCGCCAGCCCCAGCGUCACAACCACCCAGGAUGCCCCAGAGAGAGAGUCAGGUGCUGAAACCCAGGGAGGCAGACAGCAGCCAGUGCUGGCCCCACAGAAGGAAAUGGAGCAGCCCGCCACCUCGGAUGCCGAGGCCCGAGAGCUUCUUGGAAGUUUCCCAUCAGCCCAGGAGCAAGGCAGAGCUGCUGAGACCAGUGGGAACGCUGGCAGAGGGGACCUGGGGAUGCAGUCAGCUCCAGAGGAUGCAGGAGAAGCUGCUUUGAAUGCUGGAUUCCUUAAUACUGGGCAAUGCCCCUCCCCUGGGGAGGAAACUUCUACCUCUGCCCCAGCUGAGCCCUGCCAAGCUGAGCAGCCUUCGGCCAGCUGCCAGGAUGCCUUGCCACCAGCCGGAGAGCUGGGUGGGAUUCGCAGGAGCAUGGCAGAGAUUCCUGAAGCACAGGCUGUCUCCAACGCAGAGAGGCUCUUGCCAUCUGGGCCACCAGAAGACGCUGCUCCUGACCCUCCUUACCUGCAUGUGGAGGUUGCUCCCAGGGAAGGGGCAGAAGACAGUGGAGAGAAAGCUCUCUCCUCCCAAGGGCCCAGAGCUCCUGGUGAAAGCACUUCUCCCACAGAGGCGCCUCUGCUUGCCUUGGAAAAUGCCACCUCCAUGAAGCUGUCUUUGGGCCUCCCGGCCUCCCUCCCACAACCAGCAGCUACAGGUAGGGAAAUCACUGGGGCACAAGCCAGUGGUGGAAGCUCCAAAGCUGGCACUCUUGAGGGACCUGUGGACUCCAUGCCCUACCUGGACAGGAUGCCACUUCUGACCAAGGGUGAGCACAUGCUAGUGGAGGAGAAAGCAGCAGGUGCCAAACCCUAUGAGAUUCCAGCACCCCCUGCCUGUGAGGAGGGCAUGGCGGGUGAGACAGCAAAGGGGACAAAGAGCAUUGGGGAGAGGAUGGUAGAACCCCCCGAGGAUCUGAGCAGAGGCACAUCGGGUGGUCUGCAUGCGCGCUCCAAGCAGACUAGCACGGUCAGUGGCUUCCCUGACUUCAGGGAGCACAUCACCAAGAUCUUUGAGAAGGCUGGGCUCAGAGCCCUGACUGCCGAUGGGCCCCAGGGUGCACCAGGAGAAAAGGCAAGAGCUGGGAGCAGUGAGAGGGACAAGGACCUCAUUGUGCCAAGCCCAGAGAAGCUUCUAGAUGGGACUCAGGGUGUGGCCAUUGCCCCUCUCCCCACACCUUCUCCUGGACUCUGGGUGGACUCAAAGGAGAAGAAGCAAGAGUUGGCUGGAGAGGCUGAGAUUUCCUGUGUGGGUCCCCAGGCUCCAGCUCCAGAGAAGCUGCCCGGUCAGGUGGGGCCGGUCACCAAGCAAAGCCUGCGCAGCGCCAGUGUGGGAAAGGAAAUGACUGGUGUAGCCCAGAUGGUGCAGGAACAUGAGAAGCCAGAGGAGGCUGGAGGUGCUGGGCCAGGACUUGGGAGUCAGGCCCACUCACAGCAGGGCAGGGGCUGUCAGGGAUUCGCUUCAGGUCUGUCUUCACAGGUGCCUCCCCAGAGCCCCAGGGAAGGGGCCUCCCUCCAAGGCGACAGAGUUCCUCCUGGAAAACAGCAGCAGGAAACAUCCACCCUCAGCUGCCAACCUGGAGAAGAUGGAGCCUGGGGCUUUGCUCAGGCCGAGGCCCUGGGUGGCGUGUCAGUGUGCACCUCUGCCCUGGGAACAUCUUCUCCCCUUGGGGAUGUUCCAAUUGUGGCCGAGGCCUUCAGUGAGCCCUGGACCCCUGACACACUUGGGGGUGAGAAGAGGCAUGGAGGUGCUGCCCGGAUCUCAGACACGCCAGAUGCUCGGGGCGGCCAGAGUGCCCCUGAGCCACAGGCUGGAGCAGUGGCGGGCGCUCCCCUGCAGCCCAGCCCAGCGGCAGGAGCUGCUGGAGAAGCAGAGGGUGACAUCACUUUGAGUACAGCUGAGACCAGGGCACAUGUGUCGGGUGACCUGCCUGAGACGGGUACCAUGAGGAUGUUGUCGGGCAUGGCUUGGCCCUCGGUGCUGCCAGGGAGCAGUGGGGUCCCAGGCUGCUCUGAGGGGGCUCCGAGGAUGGAGGAUGAGGCUGCACGGCAUGGGGACAGCUCGGCCGGGCUCCAGCAGGCAGAGGAACAGCGUGAGCCUGAGCUCCCAGGUCCUGCUGGGAACAGGAAGGUGGCAGUGUCCUCACCUCCAGAACCAGAUGAAAGCCGGGACCUGGAGCUGCACAGCCUGGCUCCAGAAGCACCCCAUGGUGAAAGGUACUUCCAAGGAAAAAGCCCAGGACCUGGCCCAUGCACCUUGCCUUCAGUUCCUGAGAAGGAUGCUCCAAACGUCACAGGCGACGUCAUUUCAGAUGAAGCCAGAGCUGUGGGAGAUGCAGAAAGGUCAGUGAAAAGAUUCCAGGUAUCCCAAGAGAGCAGAAAUGUGAAUAUUUCCUCCUCUGUAUCAGCACUGCUGUUAUCCUGGCCCGGAGCAGAAAGAGAAAGGCAAUGCCCAUUUACUACAGCUUGGGGCUUACAGUCUGGGCCACAUUUCUGGCUGGGAGCUCUUGACUUCACCUUCUAAAUGAGUGUGUCCUAUGCUGUCUGAAUGCUGGCUGCCCAACACCAUUCACUGUUUGAACGUGGGGGGUACUUUGGAGACAUGCUGGGGUCAAGCCUUCCUCAACCAGAGCAUUUCUCCUGCAAUGAACGAUAUUAGAUGCUAGAAACAUGUAUGGAUAAUACAAAGUACUUUCAUAAAAUCCUUCAAAGAGAUUAAUCACAGUAAUAACCAGAUACCUAUUGUAUCUGAUUCCUAUUGCUGUUGUAAUAAAUUGCUACAAAAUUAGUGCCUUUAGACAAUACACAUUUAUUUUCUUUACAGUUCUAUAGGUAAAAUGUCUGACACGGCUCUCACUGGGCUGAAAUCAUGGUGUCAGGAGGCUGUGUUCCCUUCUGGAAGCCCUAGGGACCAAGGCGCUUCCUUGCUUUUCCAGAGGCUGCCCACGUCUGUGACCCACAGGCUCUUCCUCCAUCUUCAAAGCCAGCAGCACAGCCAGCAUCUUCCAGUCUCUCCCUGACUGCUUCCAUUGUCCGCCCUUUCUCUACUCUCCUCUUUCCCAUCUAAGGACCCUUAUGAUUACAUCGGGCCCACCUGGAUAAUCUAGGAUACCCUCCCUAUUUCAAGGUCAAAUGAUUACAACCUUAAUUCCACUUAUAAUCUUAAUUCCCCUUUGCCAUGUAAAGUAAUAUAUUCGUGGAUCUCAGGGAUUAAGAUGAGGACAUCCGUGGGGUGGGGUGGGGGCAUCAUUCUCCAGACCACACCAGUAGAUUUCAGAGUACCUUUCCAGUAUCAUGAAGUAUCCAGCAACUGGGGAAGGGCUGUUUCAUGGGAAAAGGAUGGCACUUGAAUGCAUCUUAGCUCUGUGCUUAAUUGGAGUAUUUUUCGAGUUCACAGAAUGAUGAGUGGGGUAUGUUUUUUAAUACAAGUGGAUAUGAUCUGGAA